AUGCUUCAAGAAGAGCUCGGACUAACCCUUGCACAGACUGUAUACUGGACUGACUCUGAGAUAGUGUUGAAGUAUCUUCAGAAUGAAACCAGAAGGUUUAAACCCUUUGUAGCCAACCGCGUCGCCGAGAUCUUAGAUUCGACCAGCCGAGAGCAGUGGCGUCACGUGCCCACUGAGUCUAAUCCAGCUGAUUGCUGCACGAGGGGUCUGUCAGCCAGCUCCCUGACGCCUGACAGCCUAUGGUUCCAUGGAUCAGAUUUCUUGAAGUCUGCAGAAGACGCCUGGCCUACCAGCAAGUUCAAGAGAGUCUCGUCGUCUGAACUCGAUCCUGAAGACCCAGAAGUAAAAACCUGCGAGAAACCGUCUGCCACUGUUCAUAACAAAAUCGGUGGCGAUCAAACAGCCGUGGAGAAGCCAGCAUCGCAGUUCGACAUCAGCCCGCUGAUAGACUCUGAGCACUAUUCCACAUUGAGACCAUUGCUGAGACGGACGGCGUGGAUCCAGCGAGCAGUUCGUAACUUUGCCUCUGCAAUCCCACGCUUUGGAUGCCGCCCGUGUAAAGAGCCAGAAAUUACACCACAAGAGUACACAGAUGCCGAGUUACAUUGGGUACGAGUGGCGCAACGUGACUUAUACGGUCCAGAAAUCGACAAGCUGAAACAAGGAGACUCCCUUAGCCAUAAGUGUCAUCUGUUCAACUUGGUGCCGUUCUAUGAUGGAGGCAGCCAAUGUCUCAGAGUCGAAGGUCGUCUCAGAAAGGCUCCAACGCUUCCAGGAGAUGCUAGAUUCCAGCUCAUCUUGCCAACCCAGCAUCACAUCACUCGUCUGAAAGCCGUCGACGUUCAUGAGAAGUUAUGCCACGGAGGACAGGAACACAUCAUUGCGGAGAUGAGGCAACGCUAUUGGCCGGUGAAAGCUCGAAUGGUGGCCAAACGAGCUGUGAAUGACUGUUUCUUUUGCUUUCUCAAAAAGGCAAGGCCAAGAAUCCCGAGAAUGGCUGAUUUACCACCCUGCAGGUUAGAUGCCACCUUUGGAGUUUUCAACUACACAGGUGUGGACUAUUGGAGCCCAAUGCAGGUGAAAGAAAUGUACAGCGAUAACGGGACCAAUUUCCGUGGAGCUAAUGCUGAGCUGGCGCGCGCUUUACAGGAUUUGGACCAGGAUCGGAUCAACGGGUUACUGUCACCGCUAGGGAUCAAGUGGCACUUCAACCCGCCUGCAGCACCACACUUUGGGGGUGCCUGGGAACGUCUCGUGAGUUCAGUGAAAAGGGCGUUGAGCGCGACGCUUAAAAAUACCCUGGUGACCGACACCGUCUUGCGCACCGCGUUGAUCGAAGUUGAGGCAGUUCUGAACUCGCGACCGCUCACUCAUAACAGCCCGGAUCCUGAUGACUUCUCCGCCGUGACACCUAAUCAUUUCUUGUUGGGACGUGUAGAUCGAAAGAUUCCGCCAGUGGAAUGUCAGGACCGUGAAAUAAAUAGUCGCCGCCGAUGGCGUCAGUGCCAAGUCAUCGCGGACCGCGUUUGUAGCCGUUGGAAAAAGGAGUACCUGCCAACAUUGACAGUGAGGAGUCGCUGGACAAAGGACGUUGAUUCCACAACAGUGGCUAGUCUAGUGUUACUUGUAGACGAGGAAACCCCUCGAGGACACUGGGAGUUGGGGCGCAUUACAGCGACAUAUCCAGGAGACGAUGGGCGUGUGCGCGCAGUCGAUGUUAAAACCGCGCGAAAUACUUUCCGCAGGCCCGCUGCAAAGGUGUGCAUCCUUGAAGAAAAUGUUUAA